AUGCCGUCCAAGCAAGUCUUCUCGACGCCCGAUAACGCUCUCUACACCACCUCCAGUGGUGCUCCCGUCUCCGAACCCUACGCUGCACAGCGAGCAGGUAUCAAUGGCCCGCUGCUGCUCCAGGACUUCCAUCACAUCGACCUUCUCGCUCAUUUCGACAGAGAACGUAUUCCUGAGCGCGUUGUUCACGCCAAGGGCGCAGGCGCUCAUGGGUACUUUGAAGUCACCCACGACCUCUCAGAUCUUACCUCAAACAGUCUCUUGACGUCAGUGGGGAAGAAGGUGCGCGCGACGGUGCGCUUCAGUACCGUCGGUGGCGAGUCUGGAAGUGCCGACACUGCUCGUGAUCCCCGAGGCUUUGCUAUUAAGCUUCGCACCGACGAGGGCAACUGGGACUGGGUUUUCAAUAACACGCCUGUCUUCUUCAUUCGCGAUCCCGCAAAGUUUCCGCACUUCAUCCAUACGCAGAAGAGGGACCCGCAGACGCAUCUCAAGGACGCAGAUAUGUUCUGGGAUUAUCUUAGCCAGAACCCGGAGAGCAUUCACCAGGUUAUGAUUCUGUUCAGUGACCGUGGGACGCCCGAUGGCUUCCACAACAUGCAUGGAUACUCGGGCCAUACGUUCAAGUGGCUGAAAGAGGAUGGCUCGUUUGUGUACACUCAAGUGCAUGUUCGUGCCGAUGGAGGUUUCAAGACUCUUGACAAUGCAACUGCUGGCGAGUUAUCUGGGUCCAACCCUGACUACGGCAUUCAAAGCAUGUUCGAGGCCAUUGAAGCUGGAAAGUAUCCCUCUUGGACUGUAUAUGUCCAAACGAUGACUCCUGAGCAGGCUGAAAAGUUCCGUUACAAUAUUUUGGACCUCACCAAAGUUUGGCCCCACAAGGAAUUCCCUCUUCGUCCGUUCGGAAAGCUGGUACUGAACGAAAAUCCGCAAAACUACUUCGCUGAGAUCGAGCAGGCCGCGUUCUCUCCAUCGCAUCUUAUUCCUUACAUUGAAGCUUCUGCCGAUCCUGUUCUGCAGUCGCGAUUGUUUUCCUACCCCGACACUCAUCGUCAUCGGCUCGGCGCAAACUAUCAGCAGUUACCUGUUAACGCGCCCAUCGUGCCCAUUGCGAACUUCCAAAGGGACGGGCCACAGACUUAUGUCAGUCAAGGCGCAAGGCCGAAUUACCAGAGUAGCAUCAGCCCAUUGAGCUACAAGGGCAAAAAGGCGACGCUUGACGGGAAUGUCAGGGACGAAGAAAGGAUGGCCAAACACGAGAACUUCAUUGGGUCGGCGUAUAGGGAUCUGAGCGAGAUUAAUGAAUUGGACUUUGAGCAACCUCGUGCCAUGUGGUCCAAAGUUUGGAACGACCAGCAACGUGAGGCAUAUGUGCAGAAUAUUGCAGGACAUUUCGGUACAGUCAAGAGUCCCGAGGUGAAGGCGAGACAACUAUCGGUAUGGGCGGCUGUUGACCAAGGUUUGUCGGACCGCAUUGCUAAGGCCAUCGGGCAUCCGUCUGUCAAGCCUCUUCCUUGCAAGCCUGCAAGUGAGGCGGUUCAGUUUAAGGCAAACAUUGGGCUGGCGGCAAAGCAAAGGUUGUGA